UGCAUUUAUUCUUUUUUUUUUUGUCUUUAGACUUUCCAUUGCACAAUGCGUUCCCGAAGCAAGCGCGUGCCGCUCGCACUCAAGUACAAGAUCAAGAAGAACGUCCGCGAGCACAAUCGCAAGCUCAAGAAGGGCGGCGGCGCGGGCGCUGCUCCGGGCCAGUCCACGGCGUCCAAGAUCCGAAAGGACCCCGGCGUCCCCAACCUGUGGCCCUUCAAGGAACAGCUGCUCAUCCAGCGCGAGGCCAAGCGUGAGCACGCCGACAUGGUCAAACAAAAGCAAAAGCUUCAACGUGAAAAGCUGCUCGAAAAGCGCCGAAACGCAAGCAUUGCUGACUUGCAGAAGGCUGCCAACAAGAAGCAGGCCGAGUUUGACAAGAAGCACAAGGGCGACGGCAGCAGCAUGGAUGUCGAGCACAACACUGGUCGCAGCCUCGAAAUGUCUCGUCGCGCCUUCUACCGUGAAUUCAAAAAGGUCGUCACCUCCGCCGAUGUUAUUCUGGAAGUCUUGGACGCCCGUGACCCGCUCGGAUGCCGAUGCCCACAGAUCGAAAAGCGCAUCAUGUCGCUGUCACCAAACAAGAAGAUUGUGUUGGUUCUCAACAAGAUUGACUUGGUGCCUCGUGAGGUGGUGGAAAAGUGGCUGAAGCACUUCCGCCUCGAAUUCCCCACGAUUGCCUUCAAGGCCUCGACCCAGAGCCAGCGCACCAACUUGGGCCACUCGAACGUGUCGACCGCCACUGCCAGCUCGGAUCUCCUUUCGUCCAGCGAGUGCUUGGGUGCCGACACGCUGGUCAAGCUCCUCAAGAACUACUCGCGCAACGCCGACAUCAAGACGACCGUGACUGUGGGCAUUAUUGGCCAGCCCAACGUGGGCAAGUCGUCCAUCAUCAACUCGCUCAAGCGCAGCAAGGCCUGCAACGUUGGUCCCACUCCCGGCGUCACCCGUCAAGCCCAAGAAAUCCACCUCGACAAGAACAUCAAGCUGCUCGACUGCCCCGGCAUCGUCUUCCCCGACGAGUCUGGCACCAGCAACCCCGACAACGUCUUGCGUGGCGCUGUUAAGAUUGAGCAGAUUGAGGAUCCGGCAGCCCAUGUCGAGAUUGUCCUCAAUCGCUGCCCCCGCGACAAGAUUAUGGAGCUCUACAACCUGCCCCUCUUCGAGAGUCCUGCCGAGUUUCUUGUGAUGCUUGCGCAAAAGCGCGGCAAGUUGAAGAAGGGUGGUGUCGCUGAUAUUGAUGUCGUCGCCCGAUCCAUCCUCCAAGACUGGAACUCUGGUCGUAUCCCUUACUACACGCUGCCACCAGCGGAAGACGCUAGCAUUCACCUCAAGACCGAGAUUGUUUCGACCUGGGGCAAAGAGUUUGACAUGCAAAGCCUUGAGAAGGAUCAGUCGACAAUUCUCGCCGGUUUGCGCACCGAGCGUGAGCAGGGUCUGUUCAUUCCCAUGAACGCCGGUGAGGCCAACCAGCUUGACGUUGAUCUCGAGGAGCUGGACAAUCUCGCCUCUGACGAAGAGGAGGACGAGGACGACGAUGACGAGGAGGAUGCCGAGAUGGAACAGGCUGAGCCCGAGGCUACUGGCGUUGGUCUCCAAAACAUUGCUGAAAUUGCCUUGAUCAAGGGCAAGCAGAAGAAGGCUCUUGAAGAGUACCGUCAGGCACAAGGCGCUGCUGCACCUGUCGCGCAAUUGUCAACCGCCGCCAAGCGACAGGCCGCGUUGAUUGCCGCCGAAGACGCCCUCAACCCCCAGACUGGCAAGCAGCUCAAGAAGGCCCAGAAGAACAACAAGAAGGCACAACGUCGUAGCGCCCGCACUGGCGGAAUGAACGUCGACGAUGACGACGAAGAGCAGGAUGACGAGCCGAUGAGCGUUGCUCCCGCCAAGGCACGAGGAAACCGCUUUGCCGUGGCUGCUUUUGCCGAUAACGAUGGCGCGUAUGACUUUGCGACAGAUUUUACCGACAAUGCCAUGGACCAAGACUAAGCGUCUUGGAAGUGUGAUUUGUACUUUGUUGUGCUGUGGUUUUGUUUUUUCUUGAAAUUUGGUGUUUGACUAAUACACUGCCUGUUGUGUUUGUUUAUCUUUGCAAUCAGUUGAAAACCUCAAUUUCGCUUUGUUGCAGUGAUGAACAAAUCUUUGC